UUCACAAUUAUGGAUGUUUGAUAGCAAUAGUCGCAAAAUUUUAUUAAAAAAAUUAUUGUUUCUAGUAGUAGACUUUAUAUCCAUAAAAUGAUCCUUAGAUUAUUAAUUUCACCAAUAAUUGUACAUAGCUAUCAACGUGAAAAAUUAUAAGGCAUUUUUACCAGAAUGGUUUAUAUCUCAAUAUGGAUGAGUCCUUAGAAGGAAAUACCAAUAUAAUUAGAAGAUCAAGAAAAAAAAUUGAAAAUUGUUCAACCCCUCCAAGUUAUUCUUCUGACUUAAAGAGUAUUUCUGUAGAUCAAAAUAAUUUAAAUAUUGAAGACACUAAUAAUGAUUGUUUAACUAAUAUAAAACAACAACAGAUUUAUGAAGAUUAUCUAACUCCACCUAAAUGUGAUAAAACAACAGCAACAUAUGAUGUUUUUAUUUCCAAUGUAGUAAAUUCAGAUAAUUAUAAUAUAAAAUUUGAAAAAUAUAAUAAACCAGUCAAAGUAAAGUCUAGAUGGACUCGUACAUGUCAAAUGGAGAUGAAAUCUGAAAGCAAAGAGAUUUUACCUACAAAAAAUUCAUUUUCUAAAAACAAUCUCCUAAAAUAUUCUCAUAAAACUAAUUCAAGUGAUAUAAUUAUUGAAUCAAUGAAGAACACUUCAAUUAAAAAUAAAAUUUCAAAAUUAUCAAUUAAACAAAGCAAAAAAUUAGUAAAAGAAAAUGGUUAUGUAGAUAUGACGAAUUCUUUUAAAAAUUUAGAAGUAAAAAGAAAAAGAGGAAGACCUAGAAAAAUAAUAGUUGCUGAUGAAACUUCUCAUGUAUCAGAUAUAAGUAAUGAUAAUUCUCUUGAUAAUGACACUCUUAUUAUUUCUAAUAGUGAAAUAGUUCGUACUUCAGAAAAUAAUGAUAAAUAUGUUGGUAUGCUACCCCAAAAUGAAGAAUCUACUUUGGUUAGAAAACAAGUAUCAGAUGUGUUACCAAACACUGCACCAAUUAUUAAAAGAGGGAGAGGAAGACCUAAAAAAAAUAGUCUCACAUCAAUUAAGCAUAGAGCAAAAAAAAAGUUAAAUAAUUCCUGCCAAUCAGAUAUAUCUAAUGAUUCUGAGUUAAGCAAAUUGAACAUGAAUAUAGGUUCCGAAUUAUCAGAUUUUAACAGCUUUAAUAUAAUGUCCAAUAACAGCAUAUUAAGUAUUCAAAGUGGUUUAACAGACAAUAUUUCAAUGGGUAUUAAAACUGAUAAUUUUAGUAGUAAUAUUGAGAUUAAUGAAGUCUUAUUACCAUAUUCACAUAAUAAAAAUAUUGUAAAUGAAGCUUUAAAAUCGCCUAAUAUUGAUAUUCAUUUAAAUGAAAUUUUGCCUAGAGAAUAUGAAUAUUCUACCGAUUCCAAAUGUACAGUAAAAAAUUGUGAUGAAAAUAAAUACAUUUUUCUUGAACUUGAUGGUGUGAAUUGGAAUAUUCCAAUGAGUUUAAAAAAAUCAAAAAGUGAAGAGAAAUUAUCAUUAAUUUCAGUCAGACGAAAUUCUCUUUCUAAAAAUUUCAAGUAUUCUAGUUUAAAAAAUUUAUUGGUUGAGAAUGAAGAUUUAAAAAUUAAUAAGCCUUGGAAAAGCUUAUCAUAUUUAGAAGGUGGGCCAACUCAAGUUGAGAAAUGUGAACUUAAUGAUUUGGAUAAAAAAUUUAGAACAGAAUUAAAACGUAGCCGAAGUUUUCCAAAUUGUAUGCUUUUAGAUACUGUUAUUUGGAGAUAUCUUGUAUAUCAGCAUAAUUAUGAAGAUUUUGAUGAAAAAUAUGAUUUAUUGACAGAUUCUGAAAUAAAUAUAAUAAAUGAACUUCCUCAUAAUGGAUUUAUUAGACAAAUUCGCUCAAAAAGUGUCCCUUUAGAACUUGAUGAAAAUGAUUGGAUUAAACAAAACAUUUCAUACAGAAGUUUAGAUAAUUUAAACAAAGUUUUAAGUACAGAAAAUUCAUCAUUAUUACCAUUUGACUUUUCAAAUCAUGUUGAUACUAUAAAAAAUGAAGAAUAUGAAGGUAAAAGAAGACGUUCCAAACGAUUAACUACAAAAACAAAACGCAUAAAUAUUUUGGAUGAUGAAGAAAUUUUGGAAUUUGAUGAUUCUAAAACUAACUACUUAUUAUUGGCAGAAAAAAUAAGACAAGAAAAUGAGUUUCAACUGUUAGAAGCAAGAAAAACUGAUCCAGAUUUAGAAAAAAAAUUAAAAAUCUUAAAUUUUAAAUUAAUUUACAAUAACCUUUAUAGACCUGAUCGAAGUAAAAUGUGUGAAUAUACAUCUGCUGAAGCUCAAGAGUUGCGUAGAUUAAAAUCUAAGGCAACUAAUGUUGAUCCAAAUGUUUUAUGUGACUGUACAUAUACUAAAGAAGAUUGGUUGGAAGGAAAACCUGGUUGUGGGGAAGGAUGUUUAAAUCGUCUAUUAAAUAUUGAAUGUGGAUCGGGUUGUUCAUUAAAAUCUCUUUGUACUAAUAAACAAUUUCAAAAUAAACAAUUUAAACGUACACAAAUUGUUAAAACUGAAGAUAAAGGUUAUGGAGUAUGUGCUCUUGAAGAUAUUUCCAAGGGAUCAUUUGUGGAUGAAUAUGUGGGUGAAGUUAUUGAUCAACAUGAAAUGAUAAGAAGAAUGAAAAAAAGGCUAUAUAAAAAUAAUAACUAUAUGGUUCAAUUAAAACACGAUGAAGUAAUAGAUGCUACAUGUAAAGGCAAUAUUACCAGGUUUAUCAAUCAUAGUUGUGAACCUAACUGUAUUGCUGAAAAAUGGCAUGUUUUGGGAGAAUCUCGUAUGGGAUUUUUUAGUUCAAAAAACAUAAAGAAAGGAGAAGAAAUAACUUUUGACUAUAGUUUUCAAAUAUUUGGGGAUGCUGCUCAGCAAAAAUGUUAUUGUGGUUCUUCAAAAUGUCGAGGUUAUAUUAGUAAAAAGUCCAGAUCUGGUGAACCCAGUAGCUCUGAUGAAAGUGAUGAAAAUGAUGAAGACGAUAUGACAUCUAUAAAACCAGAAGAACACAUUGAAAGGAAAAAUAAAAUAAAUGUCAAGAAAAUAACAAACAAAGAUAAGAAACGAUUGAGAGAUCUUGACAAACAAUUGACAGAUAUAAGUAAUAUAAAAAACAAAAAUCGAAUUGAUUUGGAAAAAGCCACAUUAAAUUUAAACAAAUUAAUGGUUCAUAUCACAGAUACUAUGAGCAGGUCUCAUAUUUUAAAAUUUAUUCGUGAACAUGAUUUUAACUGCAAAAGAUUAUUUAUGAAUUUUAAUGGUUUAAGUAUAAUACAUACUUGGAUGACUUCAAACAAUGAUGAAAAUUUAAAAUUAGAUAUCAUUCAAACUCUUUCAGAACUUCCAAUAUCAAACAGGAAUACUAUAACAAAAUCUAAAGUUUUGGAUAUUGUUGCUGAGUGGGCUAAUAUACCAAUUAAUAUAAAAAAUGCUAUAGAGAACUUGGAUUUUCCUGUUGCAAGAAGUGAAGAACAUGGAAAAGAAGUUGAGAAAUUGUUACCUGAUGAAGAAAAUAUAUCACUAUUGAUGCUUGCUGCCAGAAUUUUAUGGAAGAAAUGGAUUAUUUUAAAAAUGGUGUUUAAAAUUCCAAAAUUAGAACGUCCUAAAGAAACAAUUACUAAUAAUGCUGUUGCAAAGAAACCAGUUUUUACACAAAUCAAAUCGUGUAUACAAAAUUCUGAGCAAGGUAAUCAAUAUCAUUUUGGUAAACCAAUAACUCCAACAGCUAGUACUGUAUUUUCAUAUGAAAAUGUUCAGAAUAAACUUUGUACUAUUAAAAACAUUCGUUUUUCUGAAAAUGAUAAUCAUCGUCGUGCUACAUCUAUGGAAACGUUCAGCAAAAUAUUAAAAUUCCAAAAGCAACAAGAAAAUAUUGAUAAAAAUAAAGCCGUAUUUGAAUGGAAUAAAAAACAUCAAGAAUGUGUAGCAUUAAAAUCCAAUAAAAUUUAUUCUCUAAAAGAGAGCAAAUGUUUCAUUGAUAAAAUAAAAAUUCGUUCAAAUGCUAAAUAUUCAUCACUGAGUGUGCAACAAGAUAUUCCUACAAUUGGAAGUGAUAUUUUACCUAAUAAAUUAAAAUGGAAUGAGAUUGUUGGAGCUAAAUCAACAGAUACUUCAUUAGCCUCUAGCCAGCCAGAAAAAUUAUCCUUGUUGAAUUUAGUUGAAUCUGAGAAACCUAAAUAUUUUCCAAUUAAAGAGAUUGUGACAAAUAAUAAAAAAUGGAGAUUUACACCUCCUACAAUUAAUGAUCUUCAUGACGAACCCAUUUUACAAUCCUUGCUAAGUAGAGCUCCUCCAUCAAUUGAAAAAAAAGAAUUAAAAUCGUCCAAUAAUGAAAAUGCUAAUGAAACAAUUAAUUCUUUUUCAUUUUCUCUGCAUAUCAUGAACCCAGAAAAUGUUAAUUAUGAAGCUCAGUAUCCAAGUAUUAUUGAACAAAAUAAAUUUAUGCAACAAAUAAUAAAAGAAAGAAGUGAUAAGACUUUAUUGAACCAAUCAAAAGAAUGUAUUUUAUCAGAAAAAAAAUCUGAUUGUAGUGCAAUGAUUAUAUCAUUAGUUGAUGAUAUAUCAUCAGAUUUGUCAUUUGAAAUGUUAUAUGAACAGGCAAAUAAUAAUAUUAACAAGCUUUUUGAUAAAGGUCUAAAAAAUUUAGUUAAAUCAUCUGGAGAAAGUUAUAUUGAUAGAUCUCCUAUAAAAAUAUCAUUAUCUGCUAUAAAAAAAACAGUUUCAGUAAAUACAAAUCUUACAAGUUUAUUUAGAAAUUUGAAAAUAGGAAGUCAUUUUUAUUCUAUUCAACCAUCUAAUAUUAUAAAAAUUAAAAAAAUGAAGACACAAUUAAAGUCAUUUUCUAAAAAAAAAGAAAAAAAUGUUUUUAGAAUUAAGGAGAAAAAGACUGAGUAUUUGGACAAUACUUGUGAAAAUAGUAGCAAUCCAGUUUUCUUUUAUAAUGAAAAACUACUUUCUAGUAAUCGGUGUCUUAACAUUAAUAGUUUAUAUAAUAUGCAGACCAUAGAAACAAAAAACACUAAUAAAUUAGCUUGUAAACUUUUAAAUGGUUUAAAUAAAAAAUGUAGUACUUUAAAUAAAUUUACUAUUAAUGUCAAUUCAGACACUCAACUUUAUACUCACAAUGUAAUAAAAGAAAUGGAUUUAUAUAAUAAAUUAGUUCCUGUUGUGAAAAAUUCCUUAUGUGCCAAGUUGAAAACCAAUGAAAAAGGGGGUGUCAUUAAUGUGUUCAAACAAAAUUUUUAUAUGAAAUAUCAAAAUUCAUUGCAGUUGUUAAAGAUUAAUAAUAGUUUAGAGUCAGAAAUAAACAAACCUAAAAUAAGCAUAUCAAAUCAUGUAAAAAGCAAUCGUAAAACUUCUAAAAGAAAACUUUUUCAGAAAUGUAAACCUGGUGAAAAUAAAAGAAGGAUUAUAGAUUCUAAUAAAACUACAAAAUCUGAAAUUACUAUAAAGGAUAGUGAUGAUGUGCUUUUUAAAAAACCUUUACCACCACCAUCAUCUGAAGUAAACAAUUUUGAUUUAUUACAGAAUUCUGUGGAAAAAUUAAUACCUAGUACAUCUUUAAAUUCAACCAGCUCCACCAUUUUAAGUACACCUGAAAUUAAGCAAAAGCCUCUUAUGAAAUGUUCACCAUUUAAUAAAACAGAUAUCAUCUCUACUACAGAAGAAGAACAAAAUAUAAAACAUCUAGCUAAUUCACUAUGUAUAAAUUAUUCAACUAUUUCAAAAGUUCAGGAUAAAUUAAAUAGUAAACUGAUUGACCCUAUAGUUGAAAACUUCAAAUCUAGCAUAAAACCAAAAAAAAACCGUUUAAUUGUUGAUGAUCCUAUUGUUAGAGAUUAUUUGAAACGUACUCAAAUUGAUUCUUUAAAGUCAAUACGUAAAUGUAAACUUCCUGAAAGUAUGAUGUCUUUACCCGUUGAAGUACUUACACUAAUACCUGAUAGUCAAAGAGAGAUGAAGUUUGUUAUUGAUUUUUACCAUGCUAUGGCUACAGUUAUUGUAAAAGUUCUAGAUUCGUAUGUAAAGAAAUCAUGUAAACAGGGUCGCAUAAAAAAUGACGAAGAUUUCAAAUAUUUAGCUAAAAAGCUCAAUGCAAAUAUUUUAUUUAAAGAACUUCAGGCCAAAAGUGUUGAAGAUUUAAAAAUUAGUGAAAGCGUAAAACACAAGGUGGAACUUUAUAUAAAAAAAUAUAUGUUAAAGUUUGGGAAAAUAUAUAGAAGAAAAACUUCUGAUAUUCGUCAAAGUCAACCCUGAUUACCAAAUAAUUGAUGAGAAAACAAACAAUUGCCUUUUGAUGAUUCAAAUGUUGUUAUAUUAAAACAUUAUUCUAAUGUUAUCAAUGUUGGUGAAAUCAUAAUAUUUUCUAAGAUGUAUUACAAUUAUUAUUGAAGUUUGAAAUGAUUAAAAGAAAAAAUAUUUUCUCAUUAUAUUUUAUAUUUUUAUAGUUAAUGGAUUCAGUCUUAAUGUAUAUAAAAGAAAAAAAUGUAUUUAUCGAAAUUAAUUGUGUAAAUUAAUUGCUUUCAAUAUAGAAAAUCAUAAACUAAAUUGCUUAUAAUGCAGGAACAAAAGAAAUAUGUAAAUAUUUUUUUUUCACAUAUGUAUUGUACAUAUAUUUAAAUAAUUGUAAAAUAUUUUAAAAUAAUUGUUAAGUAAAUUGUAUCUAGAAUAGUUUUUUUUACAUCAGUAUCCAUUUUAAACGUGAAUUAUGCACUGCCAAUUAGUCUAGGAAAAAACUUAAUGACAUAGUUAAUUAAUUAGAUAAUUUUUGUGUAAAUUAAAUUUAUAUAACAUUUGUUUAAAAAAAUAAAAAUUAUGGUGAAAUGAUUUCAACUAAAAAAUCAAAGUAUUAUAUGUUCAUACAAUUAAAAUUUUUAUAUUUUAAAGUAGCAAAGUUUUGUUUUAUAGUUUAAUUACGACAAAUAAUCAAUUUUAUAGAAGUCCUUCUGAUCUCUUAAUAAUAACAAUUAAAAUAGUUUAAUUAUGUUCCAUUCAUGGCUUAUUUUUAUGUAACUAAUAAAAAUAAUUUUAGUAUCAUGUAUAUUAUGCGCGAUACUUAAAAUAAUUUAUGAAUAUACUCGUAUAUCUAUGGUUCAAUAAAAAAUGUGUGUUUUUUCAUUGUAUCAGUGUUUUGUGCUGUAUAAAAUGUUGAAACAUGUAUAAUUAUACAAUUUCAGACAUAUUGUGAAAAAUUAUUAGUUUCUAAUCACUAUGUAUUUUGUUUUAAAUUUUUAUUUUUUGUUACCUGAAUUUUUGUUUUUGUAUUAUACCUUCACUUUUGCU